AUGUCGAAGAUGAUGAAGCCCUGGCGCCUCUCGCCCCAGACCCUCGAGAGCAAGCCGUUGGCAAACAGUGGCGGGGGCAGCGGCGAGCUGCGCAACAAGGAGGUGCUGCAGAGCGUGAGCAAGCGGCUGGCCAACUGCGAGCACGUCGGCCUCCAGAAGAAGCGCAUCCUCCGCGAGGACGAAAUAUUCGACCCCACCGACCCCAAGAUACGCGAGGACAUCAUCAGCAUGAUCGUGCAGUAUCUGCAGGACAGCGGGUACACGUCGUCGGCGAUGACGACCCAGGACGAGGCCAACGUGAAGAUCUACGAAGAGCUCGAGCAGCGCGUACAGCUCAAGGCCAUGCGCAAGGCCAUCCUCGAGGGGGAUUGGAAUGAGGUGGAGAAGCUGCUCACCAAGAACAUGUUCAAAAACCAAAAGGCGUUCAUGUACGCGGUCUACAAGCAACAGUAUCUCGAGCUGCUGGAAAAGCAGGAGUACCAGCGAGCCUUUACACACUUGACCAAGCGACUGAAGCCGCUGGAGCGAUACGCCGGCAGCCCCGAGGAGUUCAAGGACCUGUGCUUCCUGCUGACCUGCAAGAACAUCCAGGACGCCCCCUCCUUCAAGAACUGGGACGGCGCCAAGGGCAACUCCAGGGAGCACGUGGUGGAGCAGUUCGAGGCCAUGUUCCAUUUGGAAAUCCGCCGUUUGGGCCAGGCCGUGGCCUAUCAGAUGGAGUUUACGCGCUACCACCCCAAGGUCGCGCCCAAGAUCAACACGCUCUUGGAAGACUACAGCCCGUUCCUGCUGCCCAACGCGCUGAAGAACACCCUCACCGGCCACGCGGCCAAUGUCAAGUGCGUCGAGUUCGUGGGCGAGGAGGGCUUGACCCUCGCCUCCGGCUCCAGUGAUGGCACGAUCAAAAUCUGGGAGGCGGAGACGGGGUCAUGUCUGCACACCCUCCACGGUCACACCUCCCGCGUGUGGGACGUCUCCUCGGCUCCCUCCGGCCUGUUCCUGGCCUCCGCGUCGGGUGACGCCACCGCCAUGUUGUGGGAUCUCGGUCGGCAAGCCGUGGUCAGCACCAAGACGUUUAAGGGUCACGAAGGCGACGUGUACACCGUUCACUUCCACCCGGGCGAGAACCACAUCGCGACGGGCGGCUACGACAGGGCGGUCAACCUCGCGUCGGUGUCGCACGUCAUCUUCAACCCCUACGGCAACCUCAUCAUCUCCGGCUCCAAGGACAACACCGUCAAGUUCUGGGACAUCACCUCCGGCCUCUGCAUCAAAACCUACAGCACCUACCUCGGAGAGGUGACGUCGGUCGCGAUGAGCCACAACGGGUCGCUGCUGCUGACUUCGUCCAAGGACAACUCCAACCGCCUGUGGGACGUGCGCACGGCGCGACCCAUCAGGAGGUUCAAGGGCCACCAGAACACGUCCAAGAAUUUCCUUCGCGCCUCCUUCGGCCCCAACGAGUCCCUCAUCGUCGGCGCGUCUGAGGAUGAGAUGAUCUACAUAUGGGACAUCAUGACGGGCGAUCUCCUGCAGACGCUCAAGGGCCACACGGGCACUGUCUACACGACCACCUGGAAUCCCCACCAGUCCCUCCUCGCCAGCUGUGGUGACGAUGGAACGGUGAAGACGUGGUGGUACGACGAAAGCGUGUCACUCUUUGGCGAGGACUAG